UCUUGCGCUGCAAACUACACCAUGUCGACACACCUCCCCAUCCGGUCGCUAAGGCCACUGCAUCGGCAGUGCCUGCCAUUCUCACCCUCACAACGCGCCUUCUCCACCACGCCGACGGUGGAAAGAAAUCUAUCAAGCACUCGGAAAGCCCGACAGUCUGAUCCCGUCACGAUCGCAGUCGCAACGCGUUAUCAACGAGGCAAAGCCUCGAGCUCACAGAACGAGGAGCAGUUUCGUGAUGUACGCAACUUGCCUGACGACAUCGGUCUGGUACCCGGUACCUUCGUGCACGCCCCGAUGUUCCCGUUGACGCGUUUCUCUCUGAAAGAUCGAAUAUGGUACGAAUGGAAGUGGAUCAGGGCACGAUUGACAUCUUGGUACCAGUUGCGGCGCUUUCGACAGGAAAUCGGUGGUAAACCAAACAUGUUCUGGUUCAGUCGCAAAGACCGCAGACUGUUGAGUCAGGACGCCAUACUGAAGUACAAGGCACUUUAUGAAUCAUUUGCGAAGGCUGAUUCCAAGACAAUCUCAGCAUUGUGCGCUUCUGGUGUCGCAAAGGAAUUUCAGACGCGCAUAGCAUCUCGCCCGGCAGGUGUACGGAUGCAGUGGGAUGUUCAAGGCGAACCGAGCUGCAAAAUUGUGUCGAACAUUGCCAUGCCCCUUGAGCUUCCCGGCUACGAGAGCACCGGAGUCCAUCAGGUUGUGUUCCGCAUCCAAAGCAAACAGACACUCAAGCUCGGUGAAUCGGAGGAGUCUCGCAAGAAGAAUGAUCAAGACUCUGCAACGACAUCGUCUGACAUCGUCGAAUACUUUGUCUUACAAAAGCAGUUCAUACGCGGCAGGGCAAAGGGUUGGAAGGUCUUUGGCUUCACGGACUUUUCUACGCUGAAGUCGAUCGAAGAAACGGAAGAAUAUGCGAGGAAAGUGAACGCAUACCAGGCUGCAUAAUAGAUAUGGAUCAUCAUGUGUGAGAGAACGCUGGGUUUGUGGGAUUUCUGGGGCAUGUUGGUGGUUUUAGUGGCAGAUACAAGUCAUAAGGGCACGUUGUACAUUUAUCACCUUCACGGCAUGUAAAACAAACGUUCUGUAAGAUAGCCCAAGCACAUGUGUAUGAUGUUCGAAGUAAAUAUACAUUUUAAG